AUGAAUGUGUCUCAUCGUGGGCUAAAAUAUGUGGAUGGAGAAAUCUGUUUUCAGUUUUCUAAAGAGGAGAUUGCAAGAUCUGCUGAACCAUUCCGUUUUUCCAUUGUUUUAAAGUUUCUAAAACAGAGACCUUCUUUGGAUUCGAUACGGUCUUUCAUCAAUAAUCGCUGGGGUUUAUCAUGCAUGCCGACUGUCUCGGCUAUGAGGAGACCACGGAAUGUCUUCAUCCGAAUGACUAAUGAAUUAGAUUUCUUAAAAGCGCUUUCUCGUGAAAUCUGUGAUGUGUAUGGCAUUCCAUACAGGGCUUUUCAUUGUAAGCCAGAUUUUAAUGAAGAUGAAGAACCUUCGCUGGUUCCUGUUUGGAUUGUGUUGCCAGGGCUCCCUCCUAAUUUUUAUCAUGAAUCUUUUCUAAAGAUCUUCACGGCUCCAUUUGGCCGAUAUAUUAGAAGGGAUAAUCCAACGAGAUGUGCAACGCGUACGGAUGGAGCACGUUUAUGUUUGGAAAUGGAUGCUACGAAAGAACCGAUCACUCAUUUUUGGAUUGGGCUACCAGGGCAAGGAAGGAAACAAGAAGUGGUUUAUGAGACGCUUCCAGCGUUUUGUUCUAAGUGUAAGUUGCAAGGACAUAAUCUCAGUACUUGUAGAUUAAAGAAUCAGAAGAAUGGGGAAAAAUUUUGGAUUCGUAAGGAUUCAAAAGUUAUGAAUAAUGAAAAAGAUGGGCAAGAAGCUAAAGAAAGAGAAAAAGAUAAAGAACAAGCAGUGAAGUUGGUUUCAGAAAAUAUAGAAGGUUUUAUGUGUGAAAAUUUGAAUAUACAAGCAGAGAAAUCUGGGGUAAAUGAGCUGAUUCCUGAUGUAGAUCGGGUGCAAGAAGUACAGGAUGGUUCAAAUCAAGAUUCAAAAAAGACUUGUGGUCAUGAGGCUGGGAAGGAACAGAAUUAUCAUGUUGAAGAAGUGGAUGCUGAUAUCACUCAGGGUUCUAUUGAGAAUGUGGAAAAGGAUGGAAAGACUGGUAAUAUUCAAGAUUCAGAGAGAAGAGGGAUUAAUGAAGUUGAACAGAGUGAAAAGAAAAUUUUAGGGGAGAUGGAUUAUCAAGUGGAAGAAGUUGAAAAUGAUAUAACUAUGGAAGCUACUGAUUUUGUUAAUAUUGAUGGAGAGGGAGUAAUGAAUACGGGUGAGUCUUUCUCUGAACCAGAGCUGGACUUAAAUGUGGAGAAUUAUUCAAAGAAUAAGGAUUAUGCUACAGAAAAUGAGGGUGAGGAGAGGAAAAAGAAAGGUGUUCGGAAAAAUUUUGAAAAAGUCCGUAGUUCAACUCGAGUGGUAGCUCGUUCUAAUAAAUCCUAA